CCUCAGGAUUGGUCGGCUCUUGCUCGGCUUCCCCUCCUUUUCGGAGGUACUUCCGCUUCCGGCUCGGACUGACGCUUCGGCAGUAAAGAUGAUCGGGGACAUUCUGCUGUUCGGGACUUUGCUGAUGAAUGCUGGAGCCGUGCUCAACUUCAAACUGAAAAAGAAAGACACGCAAGGUUUUGGGGAGGAGUCGAAGGAGCCCAGCACAGGCGACAACAUCCGGGAGUUCCUGCUGAGCCUCAGAUACUUUCGGAUCUUCAUCGCCCUGUGGAACGUGUUCAUGAUGUUCUGCAUGAUCGUACUGUUCAGCUCCUGAGCCUGCAGAAAGAACUCAGACCUCCCCUCCCCAGAUGUCUCAGAUGUUGACGCUGCCUUCUUUUUUCCCAGUAACUUCCAGAAUGUUUGGACCAGAAAACCCAGGAACCUUCUCAGAAAGCCCAAGGUUGUGGUGGGUGGGCAGGGUCAUACGUGGCCUCAAGGCAUGCCCAUGUGGCUCAAUGGAGUCUGGAACUGGAAAGGUCCCCUCAAGGCUUCAAGGCCUGGGCUCACUUGGCUGUUCCACAUGAAAGAAGACCUUCUAGAUCCUUCCAUCAUGGGGGAGUCUCUCUUCUGGCCAGUACUCACACGUAACCUGCUUCUGGAUAUUUCUUGGUUGACUUAUAAUUGACUAUACUUUUGGUUAGAGUUGUACAGAUUUUUUAUAAAUCAUUUCACUCCACA